AUGCUGGGGGCUGGUGGAUUUAAGACUGCUCAUCCUGGUUGGCUUUCUCUCACUCCUCUUGUUAAAAGUGGGCUAGGAUCGGUUCCUGGUCAAAAUGUUGCAGUGAAGCGACCGUUUCAUAAGGUGUUUCCAUCCGCCUCAAGCCUUAUGUACAAAAUAGGUCGUUUUUCGUCAAUUGACGAAAUAGCCAAGCUUGGCAAGGAAGCAAACAUUUUAUAUUGGGCUCAUUCUCUCCUACAGCUCACAUAUGCCUUCAUCGAUCACUGUAUUGCCUCCUCUGAGGAACCUCCGCCAUUUGACAUCCCUCGUGUGCGCUUCGUUGACGCUGGCUUGGCGAUCUCUUACUCUCAACAUGAUUCCAAACCUACGAAGGCAGGCUCAAAAACAGGCUCGUCGUGUGUGGGAUAUCUUGUAGAGGAGCUUAUUGAAGGCGGGCCAGACGUUUUUAUGAAGUUCAUUCACAACAUGGACUCUAAUCCUCUGCUCGAUCACGAUGAUUACUAUGGCUAUGAAGUAGCUUCGUUCUUUUCUUUCACGCAACACGUGCAGUAUGUAAAGACAGGUGGCUUGGCCUUCAUCUCAGACUAUCAAGGUAAUUCAUUGCUUUGCAGCUCGAUACACUACUGA